AUGAGUUUCUCAGCCGACUGGAUGCCUUUGGACCCACUCACGGACGAGGAAAUGCCUAACAUAGGAGUCAGUAUCAAAGAAGAACUCCGUGAUCAUGUUACCGAAUGUUUGGAUAUUAAGGAGGAACCACUUGAUUAUGCAGAUGAAAUCAGGGAUGAACUGAACAAAGUUAAAGUGAAACACGAGCAUCCUUUCUUCAGAGAUCGACAUGAACUAAAAAGAAGCCAUACAGCUGUGAGAUUUGCAACAAGACUCUUCUCAUAUAAACGUAGUCUAGUUAUCCACAUGAGAGGACAUACAAAGGAGAAGCCAUACAACUGUGCGAUUUGUUAUAAGGCCUUCCCAUUCAAAACUGCUCUGGUAAGACACAUGCGAACACAUACAAAAGAGAAACCAUACAACUGUGAGAUUUGUAAGAAGAGCUUCUCACAGAAAAGUAGUUUAGUAUGGCACCGAGAGUACAUACAAGGAGAACCAUAUACCUGUGAGAUUUGUAACAGGGCCUCUGCAUCUAUAAGUGACCUGUAA